GGCAAUUCUUUACGGCCACAAACGAGGUGAUUCAUAUCAAAAAAUUGCUGACAUUGUACAAUGUGGUAAAACAACUGUUCAUGAUGCGAUAAAACGUUUUAAAGAAACUAGUUCUGCAAUACCAAAAAAAU